AUGCGGAAAACAUUGGACAGCACUGCGACGACUAAUUAUCCACUCUCAUCCCCUUCCAAACCUUGGUGGUGUAGUAUGGGGCAUAAUGCCAUCUUCUCAAAUGUCUUAGGGGAAAAGGUGAAAAAUUUGUCUCUUCAAGAUCAAACAACAGAUGACGGUUUAGGGACUGAAGCCAGCAAACCACAAGGCAAUGGCCAAAUGGAUGGUGGAACUGUUGCUGAUAAAGAACUGAAACUCAAUGCAGUGUCUGAUUCAGCGAUGUUCCUUCUGUCAGCAGAUGGAAAAAGCAGAGAAAAUCAUCAUCCACAGCAAGCUGCAUCCAUUAUGUUUCCAACUAUGGGUGUAUACCUUGCCCCACCAACCCAGCUGGAACUUGUUGGUCACUCAAUUGUUAAUUCUCAAUACGCUGGCCCAAAUCCUGCUAGAAUGGUAUUACCCCUUGAAAUGGCAGAAGAACCUGUCUAUGUGAAUGCAAAGCAGUACCAUGGCAUUCUGAGGCGAAGACAGUCACGUGCUAAAGCUGAGCUGGAAAGGAAACUGAUUAAAGCGAGAAAGAAGAGAGAGUGGCCAGGGAUUGCACUUGCAUUAGAUUCUGUUUCCCAAAGAGAUGGAAGAAGUGAAAUUGAUAGAUGUGGGAAGAUUGACAAUCCAGUACCUUCGGUUUCUGGUAGCUCCGUGGUAUGUUACUCUCUUGGGGCAUUAGAUAUGGUGCAUAUAUGUGAUGGUGUGGAGGAGUUGGAGCCUUAUCUUCACGAGUCUCGACAUCUACAUGCUAUGAGAAGAGCAAGAGGCUGUGGAGGUCGUUUUCUCAACACAAAGAAAACAACUGCUACUAAAACUCCACCUUAUAUGCAUACUAAUUCCGGUGAAAGUGUUUCAAAAAACAGUAUAAACUCAUCAAGCUCUGGACCUGCUUCUUCCCAAUUUUCCAGAAACACUAAUUCUUUGAUGAGUAAUGGAGAAGCAAUAGGGCCUUUGCAUCAAAUGUACCCGCAUCACAUGCAUUCGAGCAACGGAUGCAACCCGCAAUUCCCUGGGAAUCACUUGUCCAAAUUUCAUUUGCUUUCAGAAAAGAAGGUGGGAGAAGGGGAUCGUAACAUGAACAAAUUAUGCAAGGAUUUGUUGGGCAUAUGUCUUUACCGCUCUAUGGUUGCCUCCUUGCAUCCUGUUGAAGGUGAUGCUUGUAAGCAUGGUGUUUUUUGUAGAAAGAAAAUGAAGACCUAG